AGCCCGCAUUUUUCCUCUAUGGAAGAUUGAGCCCUAUGAAUAUACACCUUAUCCAACGCCAUUACUGUGCUAGAAAGAAUGGCAGGGCGUACUCCAAUUUACUGCAGAAAUUCAUGGAUUUUGGGACAUGAUCUACACUGAACAGCAUAUCAACAGAAAGAAGAGGAUUUUUUACAUCAUUUCAGAUAUUGUGUUUGCACCAAGGACAUAAAAUGAAUGCAUAAUAAGCGUCGGAAAAUGAUUCAGACAUAACUUCAUGCAUGUGUGCUUAAGGGACGUGGCCAGAUCACGUGGUCCGCUCCUUUUUGCUAUUUAAUUAUUCGUUUCUCAGAGAAAUGACAAUAUUUUUGUAUUCGUGCAUCUUUUCGAACUCCUAUCUAACAAUUGGAUGUACAUAAUGGUGAAGUAGACACCGUUUGGAAGGAGACAACAGCUGAUUUGCGGUUUGUUUUCAUUUGCAAACUCGACAGGGAAUUGACAAAAAAGUCACGUGCUCUGUGAUUAUAUUAGGACAAGACGACAAGAUUUGAUAGUCACACUAUAUUUCUGUGUUUUUUGAUAAUGUUAUUAUAACUAUUAAUGUAUUUCGUGAAUGUCGUGAUCGUUAGACACUGCCAUAUCCGAUGGUAGACAUCACGGGGAGGUCGCGUUUAUGUCGGUCCCCCUUUCAUUGAGAGUAUGUUGUAUGGCCGCUAUGGCUCCCGCUCUUACGGAAGCGGCCACACAAGCUCGUAUCAAACUCUCUGAAUCCCCACCCCCAGCUCCACCUGAGCUGCCAACACCCAUUCUAAACGGGAACGGAUUGACCCAUCACAAAGCAGAGAAGGUACCGACGGCAUCGUCUGAACGCGAAAAGUUAAGCGCAACGUGCGCCAAAGGUAAACAAGGAAGAGGCAUCGUGGGGUUCACCUCGCAUUUGACCUUGCAACAAUUACAACAGGCUCACAAACAGGGGUUACUCAAACCGGUUGGAUGUAAACAAAUAACCGCAGCGAACUUGAAACACUUGAAAUUAGUUCAAAAAUUACCCCAAAUCUCCCAAGAACAUUCUCUGUCUUUUUCUGUUUUAGAACAGAACAGCAAUCAAAUUGACGUUGAUGAGAAAAUGAACAAGACGAACUCUGUAAAUGAGACAAAAAGCACAGGUAAACAAGGAGGAUUGAUAAGUCAAAUAAAACGCGAAGAUUUUCAAAUUCCAGAAAAGCGUAAUAUCCCAAGCAUCAAACAAUCAUUGAAUGUGAAAGAUUUUAGUUUGACUUUGGGUGAAGUAGCUCAGCAUACUUCUAACAGUAAAAAAGAAACUGAUUCUAAAACUCAACACACAGCACAAGUCAACAAUUCAAUAACUUCAUCUGGAUCUGAUAUGGUUGCUUCAAUGGGGAACGGACCAGAUGUCAGUGAAACGCCAAUUAGCAAAUCAAAGGAGCAGACAGAAACAGUCUGUGAAUCAGGAGUUAAAAAACUAAAAUUAUCUGAACAAGUUGGUCGAAAGCAGCAUGUGUUAGAAAGGCGCACACAGGCAUUGCUUAGGAGGCUUCGUCGCAUACAAGGAAAUCAUCUUGAAGGACACGUUCGAAAUCAAUUAAGUAGUUUUGUAAAUUUUCAGAACAGUAACUUACAAACAGUUGCAAAGACCAUUAAAUCAAGCAAUAGUAAUAACAAUGAUCUAAAAACAGACUUGUUUCAGAGUGAAGAUGUUAAGAGUUUGUCAACAGCAGCACUUGUUAAUCUUGUUAGGAAGUUGCAGUCCUCAAACAACAACAACAAGACAUCGCUACAGCGCCUUGUGAGUCAGACUAAAACCGAAAAGGAUAUUGUCUCACAAGGCGUCUUAUCAAUAGAUGAGGAGACAUGUACAGAGUCCAGCCGCGUUGCAGGACACCUAACUAUGAACUUGAAGCAUGCACAAAGUGCCAUAGAUUCUGAUGCUACAGAAAGUAGUUCUGGAGGAGAGAGUUGUGAUGAAGAUGAUAUUUAUUAUGACAGAGAUCCAAAGGCAACAUUAAAUCCCUUGCAUCGUAGAGCAGAGUGGAAAUGGGCAACAGAUCGUGCAGCAGUGGCAUCAAGAUGGACAUGGCUUCAAGCACAAGUGUCAGACUUAGAAUACCGUAUUCGACAGCAAAGUGAAAUUUUUAAACAGAUACGACAUACAAAGGGAAGUGUGAUACUUGGUGAGGCUCCUUCUCCAGAAGAUUUGAGUAUCAGACUUAAACAAGCAAGGGCAGCAGAUUCCAAAUUGUCCCCACUGGAUGCUAAAAUUGCCAAUUUGCAAAAGAAAAAUGAAGCCUCGCCAUGCAACAUCUCAACUUUGCUCAUGAAUGUGAAUGUGCAGGCGACUAAAUUGACCAAGUCUUUAGGAAAUUGUCUGUCACCUGCACAGGGGGUUAGCAAUAGUAAUAAUUUAGGGGACAAUAACAAAUUAAGAGGACAGCAAAAUCAUAGUGCAAAGCCUCUGAAUGGCAUGAUAGGGCAAUCUCAUGAACACGGUUCAUCAGAAACAUCCUCUGAUGCUCCAAGUACGCCGCAUACACAAGUAGCUAUAGGACCAGCAGGGGAUAGUGUUGCAUCAACACCUGAGAACCCAACAUCACCAUUCCCACCCGAUAUGACUUGUCAGGCGGCCAGGUGUCGGCCUGUUCGAAGCUAUCGGAAACGGAAGCUUCUUUGGACAUCAGGCCUGCACCAACGUAGUCGAAAGGCGGCACGGUUAUCAACUGUCCGAUGUGAAUGUUAUCCUCCAAAAUCGUCGUGUCCUAUGUGUGGUGGGAGGUAUAACAAUACCCAGAGCGUCAACCCUGACAACAUGCCAAUUCAGGAGCGUGUAUCCAUUCUCGACCCUGCAUUUCAUCCCGUUUUGUCUUUCACACAAGAAAUUCCACUUCCUAUCCAUUUUGAGGCUCUCCUGAAGAGUGGAGAAUGGCAAAACAAACCACCCCCAAAAAGUGCAAAAGCUUUGGCAACGGAGAGAAGGCGACAAAAGUUGAUGAGCCAACAGCGUGUCAACAAGAAGACCAAAUAUGCAAAGGGUGCUGCUGCUGCUCUUCUGUCUUCUGCCAAGUUACGUAACAAAUAUGAGAGAAGAACACCCACCAAGCCAAGAUCUGGAGGAUUGUCCAUGACACCCAAAAAGAGUGCAAAAGAAAGGCGUCUAGCACGCUCAGACAUGAAGAGGCGGAGAGUGGCUCAACUAGCUAUGGCACUAAAGCAAAGCGACAACCUAUCAUUGUCCUAUACAGAUGGCUACUCAGGCAUGGAUGGCAAGAAUGUACUCACCUCUCCACUCAAUAAGGAAGGGGGGACACUCUCAUCAAGUGCACCAUCAUCCACCUUGAAGGAGAUGAAAGAAGCUCAGUGGCGACGACGAAGAGAGAGCGAGUAUGACAUCAACAACAUUGUUAUCCCCUACAGCAUGGCUGCUUCAACACGUGUGGAGAAGCUCCAGUACAAGGAAAUAGUAACACCCAAGUGGCGAGACCUAACCAAGGAUGAUGUGGAAGUCCAUGAAGAAGAAGAGGAGGAGGAAGUAAAUCCAAGCAAGGAGAUGGAAACAGAGUCUGAAAAAACUAUGAUCAAAGAAGAGGCAGUUGUUCCCAAGGAAAGCACAGAGGAGGAGGAAGAAGAGGUUGAAGAUCUAACGGAUGAAUCAUUUAUAGAAAGACACAAGAUCUGUGAAGUGCAGGAAAAGAAAAGGUUUACCUCCUUUAUCCAAUACCCAAGUCGGCGACAACGAGGUUCAAGAGGGGAGGACCAGCCACGCACCCCUGCUAUGACUGAUGAUAUUCAAAUGGAUAUAAGUGUUAAUGAGCCAAUCCUUCCUUUGACGAGUUCUCUCUCCACAAGCCCUUCUCCAACACCACAGGUUCAGGCAUUCAAAGAUGAGGCAUUCAGGAGGCGGAGUAGUUCAGCUUCCUCUAGACGCCUCAGUAUGAGUGCAAGUAUGGACGAAAACAGCAGAGAUUCCCAGUUAUUCGAAAUGGUGGAGAUGUGCUCUGUUGACCCAUGGCCAGAGAGAACUUUCCCAUUAACUGAAGAAGAGUAUGAACAAAUGAAGAUGGUACAGCCCCCAGCUAUCCGUGUACGUCGUGCACGCAUUUCCAGCACACGCAUAUCCCUUAUGAGCGAGUACAGCAGCAGCCAUCACCCGCAGGAGGAUUCCAUGUCAGGAAGCAGUCAUCCUUGCUCCCCACUACCAAGCACUUCAUCAGGGUCAGUUGUAGGGGAGGAUCCAAAUGAUCCAGAAUGGAUGAUCAGUGGGGAGAAAGACAAGGAAAAGGCUCCUCCAAAACAGUCUGUCAUCCUCAAACUGAAACGCUGAGAUGGUUCCAAUUUGCGUUGGGAAUAAAUCAACGUUUAGGAAGAUCACUCUUGGCCUGGCAAAGAUGGUUGCCUGAGGUCCAUGCUGGAGAUAGCACUGUUAACCAGGCUUAUAUCCAACGAAGGCUGAUGAUUGGUCCAAAUCAUGGAUUAACUUAAAGCAGCCUAGAGUCUCCCCAAGAAAGAACUAAGGCUUUGGAUAUAAGCUAGACUCUCCGAGGAACAACCAGAUGCCUUUGGAGAUAGCUAAGAAUCUCUGGAGAAAGAUCGUAUUUGAAGGACUGUAUGCUAAUGCAUAUGUGUGGAAUGUUAGUGAUUGCCUCAUUGGAAAAUACUUGAGGGCCUGUUUUGAUUUGAAUAUACAAUACUUGUUAUGAAGUAUUCAAGUAUGUUUCAAAAGAUGAAGGAAAUGAAUGUUGUUAUUGUAAGAGAUGGGGCACCGCACAUCACAAUAGCUAUUGCAAGAUAGUCGAGGUGCAAGUAAAUCCUAUAGUUAUGGAAGUAAUUAGUGCUGUAUUAUUCUUUCUACAUAUUUACACAAACAUGUCCCAUUCACACAGAUUUGUAUAUAUCUGUAUAAGUCGGAGGGAAACCCAAGGAAAUUCUAGUCGGAAUAGACUAAGAUCAGUGAGAGGUCAGAUUGAGUUUAUUGAUCAAUUAAAAUCCAUAAUAUCAGAAGUGCUAAGAAAUGCUUUGAAGGAGGAAAGAGGUAGAGACCAUCGACUAUGGUGUCAAAAUUUCUUCUGGUUUUAUUACAGCUAGUAGAUGACUUUGACUAAAUGCCAUGAUUUUGUAAAUAGGUGUGCUUGAAAGUUGCAAGGGUCUCUGAUUAUUUUCUGCACAUGCAUUGUAAUGCAUGGUCUGGUCAGAUGUUACUAUUGUUCAAAGUUCUAUCGAUCAACAAAUGGUUUUUUUUGUCUUGAAGAAUUAUGUUGAUUUGUAUACAAAGAUUCACUUAUAUACUAUGUAGAUUACUUUAUAGGAAACCUUUGUGCUCAAAUCAAUAUGUAGGAAAAUACUAAGAAUUGACUGGAAAUCUGAUUUGUGUGGAUUUACUGAAAUUGCAUAUAAUUUCGACUGUUUAGAUGAAAUAGUCAUUUUUAAUUGACCAAGAAUCAUGUAUUGAAAUUUGUGGAAUUCUAGAACUUUUUGCAUUUUCCAUUGGAGCACCAGUGUAGUUAUUUACAUGUAAUGACUGCAUUUAAUUGUUGAGUGAUUUGAUAAGAUAGACUUGUCUACUGUGGCAUUUGUUAACUGUUGAUUACCAGUCAUGUCUGCACCAGACCUACAAAUGGUCACAAACCCUGUUGUCAACUGUGUAUGUAUGUGUAAUGGUCAAGAAUUACAACUAUUGAGUAUAGGUUGGCCAUUAUUUGCCCACUGAUCUUGAUAUAUAGUGCUGUUGAUGAAAUAUUAUGCAUUUUUGUUAAAAUAUCUCCGUAAUUCUUUUUUCCCAUGAUGUAUGACUUUUUCAAUAGUUGCAUAAUAACAACCAAGAAAACUUGACGUUUUUGGACACUUAUCUUUUGCUUUUUCUUUAAAUUUUGCAGUGCUCAAGGUUUAUGAAAUCAUGCUACUCUUUUUUAAGAUUUGAUCAAGAAGUUUAUUUAUCAACACUAAUCAUUUAUAGCAAUGUUUAUCAAUUCAUAACUCACUAGUUUUGUACUUGCUUUAGUUUGACAAUUAAGAAAAUUUGAAGCUCUUGAAAUAUUCUUUAAUGGAUGCAAAUUUUUAAUUAUUUCUAUAGGUUUUAUUGUAAUUUUGUAUAGUGCAGGUACUGCACAGUAUAAUACAUAUCUCUUAAUUCAGAAGAGAACGUUAUUGUAGAUUGCAUCUUGAAAUUAAUUUCCUUUAAUAUAAUGGACAAUAAUCUUGUAAUGUUUCCUGCAUUUUUGGUAAAAAUGUAUUUGUAUUUAUCUUGGUAGUUUUGAACUUGUAAAGGGAGAUAACUUUACACCGAUCAUAAAACUAUCUUCAUUACAUAUUACCAUAAUUACAGUAGAAACAUGUUAACAUUCCUUGCUUAGGUGCUUUUCACUUUCACACAAACUGAUAUACUUAACUGUAUAGUCCUAUAUAUCUGUAAAUCAAAUAAUUAUGUUUAAGGUAUGGGAAUCAUUACAGACAGAGGUGAUAAAGUUUUUGUUAUGUAGGGGAAUAUUGUCAAUAGUUAUUAUGAUCUUGUUAACUGUUAUAUUUCUAAUGUGGUAGUGAUGACACAGUAAUUUGUUUUCAAUAUUGUUCUGCAAGUUCAUAAUCAUUUUAGUUUAUAAUGUUGAAUUUAGAGACUGUUUAUUACUCUUUCAAUUUUCAUUAAUAUCAUAUGCAAAACUUUUCUCAUUGAUAAAAAGAUAAAAAAAAAAUUGAAUAAAUAUUUCUUUUUAAUUUCUAAACUUCCUGAAGAAGUUCCGAGUUUGAUGAUAUUUGCCAUGAAAAAAGUCAUUUCAGAAUUUGAACUGAUGACAGUAUCUUUUUCAUAGAUAUUCAUUCAUUGGGAAUUUUUCAAUUUAUUUAGGGGGAAAAAAAAUACAGAAAGAAAAAAGAUUUGUUAAUAUCUUUAGUUUUUGCAUUUUGUAAACAGAUUUUGCCAUUUUAGACGGAAGCUGUUAAGGUGGUAUUCAGAAAAUGUCAUUUUAUUGCAAUUGGACACAAAAAUCGUCUGGAGGACCACAUUCUUCCCAAUUAGCACCAGCGUUUUGUGAAAAAAAUCUUUUGAAGUUUCAUGAUUUAUGAAUAUUGUUGAUAUUUAAAAAAAAAAAAAAAAAAA